AUGUCAUUCAUCGGUAAAAGAGCUGCCAAGAGAGAAUAUCACCUACUCUCUCUCGAUGCUUUAAGAGCAAAGGGCAUCAGAGGAACCCUCUUGAGCUACGUUCGAGAAUCUCUAAUGGGUUCGCAAACGGUACUGAAGGUGGGUCGGGGCAGCACGAGGCCUAUUAAGAUCAUGAGAGGAGUCACGCAGGGUGACCCUCUGAGUCCUCUGCUGUUCAAUAUUCUGUUGGACCCGAUUGUUAAGGACUAUAAUCCGGUUGUAACGAAUACCGGAUAUUACGAAAUACCGGUUAUAACGAGCACAUCUAGUGGAAAAGUUUGGUUCACUAUGCACAUGCGUAUAAAAAUAUUCGUAUAUAACGAGACCGGUUAUAACGACAAUCCGGUUGUAACACCAUACAUAUUUGAAGCAACCAUGUCGGCUCCGAAAUUAAAACGAAGGCAAUUUACAGUUAAACAAAAAAAAAAGAAAUAUUACAGAAAGUUCACGACGGUGUCACCAAAUCAGUGGUGUGUAAAGAAUAUGGCUUGUCUAAGAACCACGGGAAAAAAGGACCUAGAUGAAGCCCUUCUAAAAUGGUUCCGAAUUCAAAGAAAUGCAAACAUACCAAUUAGUGGACCAAUUUUAAAAGAAAAGGCCACUCAAUUUGACAUUUCGUUAGGUUACGGUGCUGAUUUUGAAUGUUCUAUGAGUUGGAUAAACAGAUUCAAACAAAGACACAACAUAAACGCCGGCAAAGUUGUUGGGGAGGCAAAAUCUAAAAACGUGGUUAUUGUGAUAGACAUUUUUAAGGCAGACGAAACGGGUCUUUUCUACAAAUUAACACCUGAUAAGACGUUGAAAUUCAAAAAUGAAAAGUGUUACGGAGGUAAAUUAUCGAAAGAAAGGGUAACAGUCUUGGUUUGUGCAAAUGUUGAUGGUACCGAGAAACGAAAACUACUGAUUAUUGGCAAAGCCAAGAAGCCCCGUUGUUUUAAAGACAUACAGCCUUUACCUGUUACAUAUCGUGCAAACAAAAGUGCAUGGAUGACAUCAGAAAUUUUUACCGAAGAACUUCUGCACUGGGACUCGGAACUUGUUAAGAAAAAAAGAAAAAUUCUUCUGGUUGUCGACAACUGUGCAGCUCACCCAAACGUAGCUCAUCUAAAAAACAUCAAAUUGGUAUUUCUGCCUCCCAAUACGACAUCGGUACUUCAACCCAUGGACCAGGGAAUAAUAAAUUCAUUAAAGUUUCAUUUUCGAAAAGCACUUGUACUACACUUGAUAGAUGUCAUGGAAAAGGGAAAAGAAAGUCAUGUGACUCUUUUAGACGCCUUUCGCUUUGUGGACCGAGCUUGGAACAAUGUUACUCAAUCGACAAUCCAAAAUUGUUUCAAGCAUGCUGGAUUCGUGGAGAAAGUUACGUCAUCUGAAGAGCAAUGGCUAUGGGAUGACGAAGUACCCCUUAGUGAGCUAUGUAUUUUCUUAAACACUGAAAAAAUCAACUUUCAAGAGUUUGUCGAAGUUGACAAUUUUGUAUGGACAAGUGAAAUGCCGACCGACGAUGAGAUCGUUGAUAAUGCUUACAAAAAUCACAAUCCAUCGCAAAUUGAAACUGCUGAAUCUGACGAUGACGAAGAAGCUCCACCGACAGAAAAAAUCUCACGCCUAGAAGCUAGAACGUGUUUGAGAAAAUUGCGAAGUUUUUUAGAAGCUACGAGCUGUGGUGAACAAUCUUUCACUUACUUAUCAAAUCUAGAAAAUUUGAUUGAUGUGAAUGUGUUAAAUAGGAAGCAAAUGAAAAUUACAGAUUAUUUUUAG